UGUUAAUGCAAUUACAAUUGAUAAUCAAUUGGUUAUGAUGCAAAAUGAAUGCUAUGAACGGAUAGCAAUUGGAGAACGCAUCAGAGAACAAGAUAUUUAUAAAAUGGUUAAUGCAAAGACAGUUUUAGACUGUCAAUUUGAAUGUAGCAAAGCAAAUGAAAAUUGUAUGUCCCUAAGUUAUGGGAUAAGUUCGAAUGGGAAUACUUCUUGUAUAUUAUCAAAAAAAUCAUUCAAGUCUGGAUCACAGGAUCAAAAUUUAUAUCCAGACGAUACACAACGUGAUCCUGAUUAUGAUUUAUUUUCGAAAAAAAUGAACUGCCGUCCAAAAACGUUGCCUUCGGAUCAUGACCAAUAUCCAAAUGAUCGAAAUCGUCCAAAUUAUGGUCCGCCAUCGUAUGAUGAACGGCCAGAUAGACGACCACCACCGUAUGAUGAACGGCCAGACAGAAGACCUCCACCGUAUGAUGAACGACCGGAUAGAAGACCUCCACCACCAAAUUAUGGACCAGGUGGCAGCUAUGGUCAUCAUGGUUGGAAUGAUGAUCGAAAACCUUUAUAUGAAGAUAAACCUCGUCCACCAAUCGUAACACAUGGCCAUGAUAAUCAUGGGGGUAUGGUUACAUCUAUUAUAACCGAAAUUGUUGAUCCGGUAGAUCCUUCAGCUUGUUUUAGACGUGUAUUGGCUGGAAAACGAGUUGCUGAUAGUUUUGUGAAAAAAUCUGUACCAUGUGAGCGAUUGGACGAUUGCCAACGUGAAUGCAACGAUGAAAAACGUUUCGUUUGUGAAGGAUUUAAUUACAGAUUGGAUCAAACUGGACGUGGUCAAGGUGUUUGUGAAUUAAUUGAGCUACCGUUGAGUCGUUUAGAUAUUGGUCGAGAUGUGUAUCCAGAUAAAGACUAUGAUUUUUAUGAACGAGAUCGUGAUAGUAUAUCACCAGAUUGUCGGCCAAAUUAUUCAAUUUAUAGUUCGGGUCCUGGUUGGUCCCCUCCACCACGACGACCUUAUGAUGAUGGUAUGGAAGGUGGCUGGACGAAUCGACGCCCAAUCGUAUAUCCAGAUAAUCGAUAUCCUCCACGACCUUCAUAUGAAGUAGAUCAUUACCAUCCCCCAAGCUAUGAUGAUCGCCGAUACAAUCGCCGACCUUAUCCAGAUUACCCUGCCCCAUUACCCCCACCACCAGCAUAUAAACCAUCAAGCUAUGAACCAUACUUACCAUCACGUGAUUACUAUUAUAGCAAAUCGGAUUUUCACCGUAGCCAAGAUCGUAAUUUCUACGUAGAGUCAUCAUAUAGGCCACUUCCUCCGCCUCCAUCAAGACCUCCAUACUAUAGCAGACCAUCUUACGAAAAUCGUCGAUAUUUACCAGAAAUACCCGAUAGAUAUUUUUCUGAACGUGAACGAGAUCGUAAUUAUUGGGGUUUAAAUAAAUAUCGUGGACCAAUGCAACAUCAUUGGGCCUCAUAUGGUGGAUCGUAUGGUAAUUUUGGUAAACCUGAUUCCGUUUAUUAUGAUCGUCGAUAUUUACCAAAACCUACCGUCUAUCCCACAUACGAUGAGUUUCGAAAACCUACAACAGCACCUUUUGUACCGUACCAAAUUGGACACGGUGAUACUUAUCGACCUCCGCCAAAUUGGGGACAAUAUGGUGGCAGUUAUGGUAAUAGCUUUGUUGAUAAGAAUACAUACGAUUACUGGGGACUAGAUCGAAAUAAUUACAGCGAUUAUGGUCGAUAUAGUGGGAAACCUACAUACUUGCCAAACCGUUAUGGUUCUUCUGGUGAUGGAUAUGCUGGGGUAACACAUUAUGUACCUCCAAGACCGUCAAUCCCCCCACCACCACUGCCGCCACCUUCACUACCGCCUCAUCCACUGCCUCCACCUUCAUUACCGCCUCAUCCACUGCCUCCGGUAAAUCGUUGGUCUGGAAAUAAGCAUUAUUAUGAUGAACCCAAUCGUUCUGAUUGCUCCUUUCGAUCCGGAACGGGUUUAAGAAUGCAAAAAGGAUAUGUACGAAAAUUUUAUGCCGUACCAAAUAUCUACGAAUGUGAAAAAUUAUGUUUUAUGGAAAAACAUUUUCCAUGCUACUCGUAUAGUUUUCGGUAUACAAUUACACCGGAUGCCGCAAGUGAAAAUUGUUAUUUAAGUGAUCGUCCAAUAAGCCAAACAAACAUGUAUAUGGAUACAGAACCAGAUCGAAAUUUUGAUAUUUAUUCGAUGAAUCAAGGUGGUAAACAAUGUAUGCAACCGGAUUUUAAUUAUGGUCGGCAAAGUGAUUGUUUUUGGCGAACACGAAGUGGUCAACGAUUGGAUCAUUCAGUUGUAAGGGACUCGUUAAAUGUUCGAAGUAUUGGUCAAUGUGAAUUAGAAUGUAUUCGUUCAAAUCGAUUUGUUUGCCGAUCGUUUAGUUUUAGGUAUGGAUCUCCAGUAAUUGGUGGCCCGAUUGAUAAUUGUCAAUUAACCGAUUGGCCAUAUAGUGAACUUGAUCCAAAGUAUCAUUUGGUACCUGAUCCAGGAUUUGAGUUAUACGAGCGUGGAAGCUACGGUCAUGGAUGUGAAUUAAACCAUUUUGUGAUUCAAGGACCUUGGAAUGAUCCACAUAAGAUGAAUGUAAUCCCAACAGAGAGUCAAAAAAGAUGUUACAUUGGAUAUGGACGCCCAGCCAAAUUAUUACCAUCGGCAAUACGAAAAUCAAUAACAGUUUUAAAUGAAGAAGAAUGUCAAUUAGCUUGUACUCGAAAACGUGAACAAGGACCGUCCACAUGUAUGUCAUUUAGUUUUCGAACUAGCGGUGAAUCAAGACAUCGUUUACCUGGUCCAAAUUGCGAACUGUCAGAUAUCAGUCAGCAAGAUUUACUCUUAAAUUUGGACUAUGCCCAUGAUCCGGAUUAUUGGCUAUUUGCUUGGGAUAUAUUUAAUCCACAUUGCAGCCCUUCGAGUUCAAGACCACCAGCACAUUUACCAAGACCACCAGCGCCGUUACCAAGACCACCUCCAACAGGUCCGUAUCCACCACCUUCAAGACCAGAAACACCUGGUGGAUAUCUUCCAAUCGAUCGAAACGAUUUUGGAAUCGGCGAAAAUACUUGGCAACACUACACAGUGAAAGGUCUACCUUGUAGACGUGGAAGCCGUUGUGAACGUAACGUAAUACUUGGCUAUUACUCCUGUGAAAUCGAAGGAGGAGAAGUAGGUUCAUGGGAUUAUUGUUGUCGACCAUCACAUCCAUGUGGCUACAGUGAAGGUUUCGAUUAUCCAUGGUGUUAUGUAGGUCCAUCCAGAGAUCAAUGGCGAAAAUGUAAUGAUCGGUAUUAUCCUUAUGGACAUGGUACAGAUCUCAAUAAACCUUAUUAUACACCAGCAUCACGUCCAUACUUACCAAAACCUAUACGUCCAGCGUUAAUAAGCUACGAUGUACGUGAUAAACCAUGGAUUCCACACCCUGGUCCAUCCAUCGAUCGAUUUGAUCCCCAUCAUCCAGGACCUAGUAGACCACACCCACCUGCAGAUCAUGAUAAUGAUUUCUUGGAUCCACCAAAACCAGGUGGUUUAGGUGAACCCAGAUAUUGGCCUGUGGCAUAUUUACAUAAAGAGCCACCUCCAUUUACGAAUAAAACCGAAAAUGAUAAACCGAAAUCACGAUAUCCUGAUGAUGAUGGAAAAUCACGUCAAACUCAAUCGCGUAUGAUGAUGCCAAAAGAAAAAACGAAACCAAAACCUAGCGACGACGAUGACGAUGAUUUCGUUCGAAUAGAUAUAAUUCCAAAACCAGAAUCGACAAAUACUUCCAAAGAUGAUGAAUUCCUUAGUUACGAGGUAAUCAAUACAACAGAUUUACCCCCAGACACUACCACAACAACGAAAAAAAGCUCCGAAGAAGAGGAUGUUGUUUUUGAAACUGUUGAAAAUGUAGAUACUGAUGAUUUAUUUUCGGAAACGAAUUCAACUACACCGAAACCAACCGAAGAGAAAAAAGUAAGCCGACGAGGGAGUAUAGUUUUUGUUCCAAAUCCACGAACUCGGGCACGAUCCUUAUUCCAAACAAGUACGGGUAAUUUACCAUCGAAUUUUCAACAGCGAUUAAUCAAAGAACGAAAUAGUUUAACUGUAGUACAGUAAAUUUAUUAUAAGAAAAUCACAAUAAAAUCUCACUUGUACAGAAAAUAUUUUAAUGGUUAUGAUAACUUUUUUCUCGUUCAAUUUAUUUUUGAUAAUAUUCGUAUUUUAUAGUUUACACGGGCUGUUCCAUAAGGUUCCAUGACCGAAAAUCUAUUUGUUAAAAAUCUCCAAUAUGCACCCCUUUUAAUUUCGAAAUACUUUGGCCAAAAAUACUUUUAGGUAUAGUCGUACAAUUUGUUAUUUGAAUAGUUACCCAUUUUCUAAUCUUCUCAGUGUAUUUAAAUUCUAUACUUUAAUUAUCUCAAUUAAAUUAUCUUAAAAUCCAAGUAAAAAAUUAAUUUUACAAAUUCGAUUAUGAUUUCGCUUAAAAUAUGAAGCUUAUUAUUUAGAUUCAAGUAUAGUUAGGCAUUAAAUUGGCUUAGAUUUUUUCCUUUCUAAAGUCUAAACCUAAAUUUCCUGAAUUGAGUUCUUCAAAGGAAUUAAAGGUGUACUAUAAUGAUCACAUUAGAGUUUCGUGUAAUACAGAAUUUAUUCAAAAGAGAAAAAUAAUCUGGGGCGACGGAGGAGGAUAAUUAGAAACUUUGUGAUAUGUUGUACUUUGUGGCGGGUAAUAAAAAUGUCCCCUAGAAAUAUGACAUCUACAUCUACCCAUAUAUAAACCAAUAUAGAGUUUACUUAAACUUGGAAAACUUUUAGGAAAAAAACUUGUUUACUUUUGUAAAAAUUGGAGCAUGAAUUGAGAUUAUUUUAUAAAAAUUAAACGAGAUAAUAAAACAGAGACAUGGUGGGGUUUAAAUAAAAAAGGGAAACUCAAAAAAAAUUUAUGUUUUUGCUCAUUAACUUGAAGAAAAUUUGCUAUGGAUACGCAAAUCUAACGUUGUAAAUUUGUAUUACACUAAAAUGAGAGAAAUAUUGU